UCAUUCAUGUAAAAAACAAAAACAAACAGAUUCUCCUUCUGGAGAACAUGGCUGGAUAUAAAACGUUCACAUUCACUCCACUCAUAUGAACAGAUAAAUGGUCAUCUAACAUUGUCGUUAUCAUAUAACAGCUAGUUAGCCAACUGUCACCUGAUUCCUCUAUUUACAGCAGAGCUAUCAGUGAGUCAUUACGUAUGACGUAGUGACAAACCCGGAAGUGAUACAGGCGCUAACUGGCUUCUACCUCAGGGCGAGCAAGUAUAAAUUAAUCUACAUGUGGAAAAGAGUUCUGUGUGUUUCCACAGGCUGGAACAGGACUGACAUUUUGUCCACGGUAAGGCAAUUCUGACAGAUAGGAAAACUAACUGCUUUAAGUUCAGUAAAGUGGUUACAUAUGAGCAGAGUUGGUUAGCUUGAUGCUAAUGUGUCAUGAACUAGCGUCAGAUAGGAUAUAAACAACGUCAAUGUAGCUUAGAAGAGUUGGCUAAUAGUCAACUUACAUUACACCAGAUAGCGUUAGUCUCCAAUGUGUUUGUAAAAACUUGAGUGAGGUUGACUACCAUAUUUUAAAUGCAAGUUAAAGGGACAAUUCACUCUCGGACAUAUCUAAUGCUAAGUGAGCUGCUACAACCAGGAGAGAAAUGAGACAGGUGCUACACUAAACCACAGGUGGAUCAUUACAGGUGUACAUGUUAGUCAACUAUUUGAAAAAGAAAAGAAAAGAGUGUAUGGUUCACUUAAAAGUACUUUAGGCAAGUUAGAAAUAGUUAUGGUAAUUUUUUUCACAAUCUUUUUCAUGAUUAUAAUCUAAAUAUAUUUGAAACCCAAAAAUAUAGAUUUUAUAAUGACAUUUAACAGAGAAAAAAGCUAAUUCUCACAUUGAAGAAUUUGGAAACGGGGAAUGCCUUGUUAAGAAAUCGUAUAAUUAAAUUGUUGUUGAUUAAUUGAAUUGAUUUAGCACAAAAUGUAUGAUAUUUUUGCUUUUAAAAUUAUUAAACACAUUUUUUUUCAUUAUCAAAAUACUUUUGUCACCAAUUAAUCUUGCUGUUUACCAACUAAUCAAUGACUAAACUAAUCAUUUCAGUGAGGUGCACAGCCACACAAGGUAUCCACAAUGGGCCAACGAAGGAGAUCAGCGGCUGUGAAUAAGCCUUCAACUCAGAGAGUCUCUGGAGCUCCUGCAGAGGUUGCCGGGGUCCCCAGCAGGAAGCACAACAUCUGCAUGGUGUCAGACUUCUUCUAUCCAAACAUGGGAGGAGUAGAGAGUCACAUUUACCAGCUAUCUCAGUGUUUGAUUGAAAAGGGACACAAGGUGGUAAUUGCCACGCAUGCCUAUGGCAGGAGGAAGGGCGUCAGGCACCUGACCAACGGACUGAAGGUCUACUACCUCCCCCUGCAGGUGAUGUACAACCAGUCCACGGCCACCACCUGCUUCCACAGUCUCCCACUGAUGCGCUGUGUGUUUGUAAGGGAACGCAUCACUGUGGUGCACGCACACAGCUCAUUCUCCGCCAUGGGCCAUGACGCACUGUUCCACGCCAAGACCAUGGGCCUUAACACGGUGUUCACUGACCACUCGCUCUUCGGCUUUGCUGAUGUGAGCUCCGUGCUGACCAACAAGCUUCUGACUAUAACACUGUGCGACACCAACCACACUGUGUGCGUGUCGUACACCAGCAAGGAGAACACGGUGCUCCGUGCAGCACUCAACCCGGAGAUAGUGUCUGUUAUUCCCAACGCUGUUGACCCUACCGACUUCACCCCCGACCCCUCUCAGCGCCAGGGCGACAGGAUCACUAUUGUUGUGGUCAGCCGUCUUGUGUACCGCAAAGGAAUCGAUCUUCUUGGUGGAAUAAUCCCGGAGCUCUGCCUCAAACAUCCGGAUCUGCACUUUCUAAUUGGUGGAGAGGGACCGAAGAGACUCGUGCUGGAGGAAGUGAGAGAGAAAUACCAACUACAUGACAGGGUCCGUCUGCUUGGGGCAUUGGAGCAUAAAGAUGUUCGUGGAGUUCUGGUGCAGGGUCACAUCUUCCUCAACACGUCUCUCACUGAAGCGUUCUGCAUGGCCAUCGUAGAAGGAGCCAGCUGUGGACUGCAGGUGGUGAGCACUCGUGUAGGGGGCAUUCCCGAGGUGUUGCCUGAGGAGUUGAUUACCAUGUGUGAGCCGACUGUGCGGGCGUUGUGUGCUGGUCUGGAGACGGUCAUCGCCCGGCAGCGUUCGGGGACCGUCCCCUCCCCCGCCUCUAUCCAUGCUCGUGUGCAAACCCUCUACACCUGGAAAAACGUUGCUGAGAGGACUGAAAAGGUGUACGACCGCGUGGCCAGAGAGGAGGUGCUUCCCCUGGACAGACGUUUGCGGAGACUGAGGGCCCACUGUGGCCCCGUGGCUGGCUCCAUCUUUGCAUUCGUGGCCGUUUUAAACUUUCUGUUCCUGCUGCUUCUGCAGUGGUGGGUGCCAGAUCGGGUCAUGGACGUCGCCGUGGACGGCACCGGCCCUCACGGACUGUGGUGGCAGCAACCGCACAGUAAAGUCGGAGCUCGUUCUAAAAGUGCCACGAAGCAAGUGGCAGAAUCCAAAAUGUCAGCAUUGUGAUCAGUCCAUACCUCUGCUUCACUUCCAGUUGCUAACAUGGAGCUAUAUGUUGUCUCUGUGGUGCCAUCUGACAUUUGAAACAUGGCUGCUGAAUGUGCUCAUGGUAACCCCAGACAUUGUUUACAUUUACUCAUCAAAAGGGGCCUCUUGUGAAAGCAUUCUGUCAAAGACUUGGAAUUACUUAUUUUUAUAUUUAAUCAUUAAAAUGGAAACCUGUGGCACUCGUUGGAGCUCUGAGCAGAGGGAGUAAAGGGCUGGUUGAUUGUAUUCACACUGAGAAACAAGAUGGCAGUAAACUACUUUCAGUUUGUGCAAAGCUGUAUGUAGAUGAGAGCAAAUUGGUUUAUUUGUCUGACUUUAAAAUCAUGAAUACCCAUUGUUUAAUCAUUUGAGAUGUUUCAUAUUUAUAAAGCACCAAACCUUCCCAGAGAGUCCACUCUGGAAAAUAAACUGUACUUUCUAAUGUUU